GCAAAUUGAUGAAAAUUACAGGCCCCAUUACAGUCAAGGUAUCCGGAACACGAUUUGGAGCCUGGAUGACAGACCCAUUAGCAUCAGAGAAAAAUAACAGAGUCUGGUACAUGGAUAGUUACACUAACAAUAAAAUUGUCCGUGAAUAUAAAUCCAUUGCAGACUUUGUCAGUGGGGCUGAAUCGAGGACAUACAACCUCCCAUUCAAAUGGGCAGGAACCAACCACGUUGUCUACAACGGCUCCCUCUAUUUCAACAAGUACCAGAGCAACAUCAUCAUCAAAUACAACUUUGACACGGGGCGGGUGCUCGCGCAGCGUAGCCUUGAGUAUGCUGGCUUCCACAAUGUCUACCCCUAUACCUGGGGUGGCUUUUCUGACAUCGACCUGAUGGCAGAUGAGAUUGGGCUGUGGGCAGUGUACGCCACCAACCAGAAUGCAGGCAACAUUGUCAUCAGCCAGCUCAACCAGGAUACACUGGAGGUGCUGAAGAGCUGGAGCACGGGCUACCCAAAGAGAAGUGCUGGAGAAUCCUUCAUGAUCUGUGGCACCUUGUACGUUACUAACUCUCACUUGACAGGAGCCAAGGUUUACUAUUCCUACUCCACAAAAACCUCCACUUACGAGUAUACAGACAUUCCUUUCCAUAAUCAGUAUUUUCAUAUAUCCAUGCUUGACUACAACGCGAGAGAUAGAGCUCUCUAUGCCUGGAAUAAUGGACAUCAAGUCCUGUUUAACGUCACCCUUUUUCAUGUCAUUAAAACUGAAGAUGACACAUAAUUUUCUUUUCCUUUCCUGUCGCUCACCUCCCUCUAAAGCCGCAUCAUUUGUGAUAAGCAUCCGUCUCUCUCAGUUCCUUUUGAUUUGCGUUUCUGUUCUCAUCACGGAAAAGCAACAUUUUUUACCAUACGAUGCAUUUCAAAUAUGGCUGAGCCUGUCAAAAAUGACCUGUUGGAAAUAAAAGCAUCUUAACUCAUGAUUCUGCAAGGUCUCUCAAGACCUUAGCUUGAAAAGCACUAAAGAGGAUUUAAGUGGCUAAAGACAGUUUUUAAAAGAUUAUGAUAUGCCUUAUUUUGGAGUCAGAGACUAAUGGUGGCUUAAAUGCAUGAAUGUCUUUUUUUACCUCAUUUUUGUUUCUAAUCUAUUGCUCAACAUCAGGAAAUAUUUUGGUAGUGUCAGACACAUAUUGCACACUGUAUAUUUUUUUUAUUAUUUAUUCCAAAGGAAAGAUUUAGGAAUUUAAUUUACUUGGACAUGUUAUGGGAUUAAUUUUGCCAUCACCCAAUUUCAGAUGUGGUGCUGUACAGUAUGUUUUUAAAUCUCUUGCAAACAUUUUAUCGACAGUAUGUAUUUCUACCAUUGUAACCACCAUUGUGCAAUUGUAUCUCUUCACUAAUGUGAAAGUAAACUAAGUACUAUUUUUUAUAAAAUAUAUUGAAGCUUAAUCACA